CGCACCUUCGCCUCCACCACCGCAGCUCCACCGCCGCAGCGUCAAACCUUCGCUCAGGCCGCGGCACGCUUGCCCCCCACCUUUAGGAUCCCAAAACUGCCAAAGGUCCAGGGAGCCCCACAAGCGCCGCAAAAACCCUUUAAAGUCCUGUGGCAGCGGAAGCCCGAGGGCCCCCGCCCCGACCUACCGCCACCACCCACCUCCACUCAGGUGGUCAGGAGGAAACGGCUGGCCUGACCUCCAUGGAUGGAGGGAACGAGCUGGAAUCUCUUCCCUCCACAGUUCUGUUCAGCAAAGUUCCGUGCGUGUCCGAGAGGAUGUUCGAGCCUGCUCAGCGCGCCACGAAGUUCACAGGAYGCRAUGUUCACGAGGAACCCCGCAGCGGCCCUCAGCAGCGUCACACAAGCACAUUUAUCUUUUGUCAAAAAGAAAUAAAUGUUUACAAACUGUCGCAUCCAGGCUUCAAGCCGAGGGCACAGUUAAAAAUAAAAAUGUUGAAAAACAUAAACAUGAGCCAAUUCGGGGAUUUAGUCCCUCCUUUUUCAGAAGGAGAAAGACUCUUCCCCGAAUCGGACAGAACUGUGAAAAACCUAAGUCCACGCGCAUGCGCACUGCAGGUCGAAACCUUUUCCAAUCCAAAGCCGCUAGAGGGCAGUCUCCGCCCGUGUUUAACAAACUGGUUGGCCAGCCGCCUGACGGUGCAGCUGGAAAAGUGGACAGAAUGUACAAACUCAGAGUGGGUUUUGAAAUUAAUAAAAAGGGGUUACAGGCUACAGUUUGCAGCCCCCCCCCACUGAGUUACAACGGAGUGAUUCAGUCACAAGCAGAGGGAGAAGCUGCUCUUUUUCUACAAGAAAAGAUUUCUUCGCUGUUAGAAAAAAGAGCAAUCAGCUUAGUUCCUCCCGAGMGCAGCYGGGAGGGAUUUUACGCACGUUAUUUCCUCGUGCCGAAGAGAGGUGGCUGCGGAAUGCGGGCUAUUCUAGACCUCYGGGCUCUGAACMAGCAUCUGAGAAAAUACAGAUUCAAGAUGCUGACUCACGCCUCCCUGCUGCGCUUCCUGCGUCACGGCGAUUGGUUUACAUCAAUCGACCUCAAGGACGCGUAUUUUCAUAUAUCCAUAUAUCCGCCAAACAGGAAAUAUCUCAGGUUUGCAUUUGAGGGAAAAUGUUACRAWUACCUCRUACUCCCGUUUGGACUCUCACUGAGCCYGAGAGUGUUUGUGAAAUGCACAGAGGCGGCGGUGGGUCCGCUCAGAAGGCAGGGCAUCCGAGUGGCCAUGUAURUAGAYGAUUGGCUGGUCGCAGCACCCUCCCAGCAGGAGGCUGUGAAUCACACAGCUGCAUUAACACAGCACAUGAUGGAGCUGGGCUUCAAAAUAAAUAUGGAAAAGARUKUUCUGCGUCCUUCUCAGAACWUCUCUUUCAUAGGUCUCUCCCUGGACUCAGUCCAGGCCAGAGUGAGGCUGACAGAAGACAGAGUAAAAACUGUGAUGGACUGCCUGUCCAUGUUUCACAGAGGAAACAGAGUUACACUCAGACUCUGUCGCAGACUCUUGGGGCUAAUAGCUUCAGCGCUGGUGGUGGUCCCACUAGGUCGUCUCCACAUGAGAGGGAUACAGCGCUGG